AAUAACAAACGUUGGACACUACAAAAAUUCUCACACAACCAAACAUGAAUUGCAUCCUGAUUCCAAUAUCUUAACCUCUGGAAAAUACUUUUCCACAAGUGGAAAUUAAAGCUUUUUCAUUUUUUCUGAGCAAGAAAAACUAUGAAGCUAAAUUCCAGCAUAUUCUGUUUGUGCUUGUUCUGGACAACAUUGUUUGUUAGCAUGAACUCGGAUCUAGCUUCCGACAGGGCAGCCUUGGUGGGUCUUCGAGCAGCUUCCGGUGGACGCACACUUUUAUGGAAUCUGUCAAGGAGCCCAUGUAAUUGGACUGGUGUACGUUGUGUGCAGAACAGAGUAGUGGAGUUAAGACUCCCUGGAGUGGGGCUGUCAGGUCCGCUUCCUAUUGCCAUUGGCAACUUAGCUCAACUCCAUACCCUUUCACUUCGUUUCAAUGCUCUCUCUGGGUCAAUCCCCUAUGACUUUGCCAAGCUUACUUCCCUUCGGAAACUAUACUUACAAGGAAAUCGAUUUUCUGGUGAAAUUCCUGCCUUCUUGUUCACUUUACAAAAACUUAUUAGACUUAAUCUUGCAAACAAUAAUUUCACAGGUACAAUCCCUGAGAGUAUUAACAAUUUGACUAGGUUGGGUACUUUGUAUUUGGAGAACAAUCACUUAUCUGGGUCAAUACCAGAUAUUGACUUGCCUGCACUUGUGCAAUUCAAUGUUUCUUUUAAUCAGUUAAAUGGUUCAAUCCCAAAAGGGCUAUCAGGGAAGCCAAAGACUGCUUUUGAAGGGAACUCUUUAUGUGGCAAGCCUUUGGUUUCGUGUAAUGGAACUGAAAAUAGUAGCAGUAGUAGUGGCGAUAAAUGGUCAAGUGGAGUCAUUGCUGGUAUUGUUGUUGGUUGUGUGACCGCUGUUUUACUGAUUUUGAUUAUCUUAGUAUUUUUAUGUAAAAGGAAGGGUAGUAAGAAAAUGGAGACAAGGGAUAUUGCACCUCCAAAACAGGCUGAGGUUGAAAUCCCAGCGGCUGAUAAGGCAGCUGGGGAGAGUGAUAAUACAAGUAAUCGUUUAUCUGGGGUAGUAAAAAAGGAUGCUAUUGCUAAGAGUAGUGGGAGUAAGAAGUUGGUCUUUUUUGGGAACAGAUCGAGGGUAUUUUAUCUAGAGGAUUUAUUGAGAGCCUCUGCUGAGGUAUUAGGGAAGGGAACAUUUGGGACGGCCUACAAGGCCACCUUGGAGUUGGGGAUGGUUGUUGCAGUGAAGAGGUUGAAGGAUGUGACGGUGUCAGAGAAGGAAUUCAAGGAGAAGAUGGAGGUCGUUGGAGCCAUGGAUCACCCGAACUUGGUACCAGUCAGGGCCUACUACUUUAGUAGGAAUGAGAAACUUCUAGUUUAUGAUUACAUGCCAAUGGGAAGCUUGUCUGCACUUUUGCAUGGUAACAGAGGAGCUGGUAGGAUUCCAUUGAAUUGGGAAACAAGGUGUGGCAUUGCCCUUGGAGCUGCCAGAGGCAUCGCAUACCUCCAUUCAAAGGGACCCGAAAUCUCCCAUGGAAAUAUCAAAUCAUCAAAUAUCCUACUCACCACGUCCUAUGAAGCUCGCAUAUCUGAUUUUGGUCUUGCACAGCUUGCUGGCCCCACAUCGGCUCCUGACCGUGUUAAUGGCUACCGUGCUCCAGAGGUAACGGAUGUCCGUAGAGUUUCCCAAAAAGCUGAUGUCUACAGCUUUGGCAUCCUGCUUCUAGAACUUCUUACUGGUAAGGCACCCAGACAUGCCUUAUUGAAUGAGGAUGGAGUAGACCUCUCAAGAUGGGUCCAAUCCGUAGUUCCAGAGGAGUGGACUACCGAGGUCUUUGACCAUGAACUUCUGAGACACCAGAACGUCGAGGAGGAUAUGGUCAAGCUACUACAGCUUGCCAUAGAUUGCACAGCUCAAUAUCCCGAUAAACGCCCUUCGUUGUCUGAGAUGACGACUCGAAUAGAGGAGCUCCAUGGGCCUACUACAGAAAAGGAGAUUCAUCAAAUCCAUGAAGCAGAGAAUGGCUCUUCCGAGCAUACUUAGUUGAUGCAGAUGGCCAUCUUCACUAAAGGGCUAAAAAUAUCGGCAGUCUUUGAAUUCUUAUUUUUCCAUCUUUCCCAUGCAUUUAAUCAUCAUUGUUUGUUUCUUUCAAAAAAAAAAUUGUCAUUGUUUGUUUAUUCCUGGGCACACACACACGCACACGCACACGCACACAUGCACAUACAUGUAAAUAAGAAACAGGUAUACGUACUUCUCAUUUUUCCUUCAAUAUAUUACCCAUCAUUCAUUGC